CAAUAACAAGGCAGUUAAAGUUAGAAGUCAUGUUCAAAGAACUUCUUAUAAGAUAUCAGAAAAACUUACUGUUAUUCAAGAAGCAAAACAGAUUGGUGUUUUGGCUGCUUCAUGUCGCUUUGGAAGAACUUCAUUUUACCCAACUGCUGAAAAAGAGCUUAUUAAAUGGUUAAAUGAACUUCGACAAAUAGGAAUUGCAGUAACAUCAGGUGUACGAAUUCCCUCUAAUCUGCCUUGUGGCAUUGUUGUAUGUAUGCAUGAAAGUGCCUGGAUGGACGAAAAUUUAAUGAGCGAAUGGAUUGACCAAGUUUGGAACAAGCGACCUGGAGCAUCAAUUGUAAACAAACCUUUGUCUUUGCUUAAUAGUGAAAUCGAUGAUAAUGAAGAUUUGUUUGAGGUAGUUGAAGAAGAUAGUUUAUCUGCUGAAGAACUAGAAGAUUAA